AUGGAGUCCCGGUGCACACAGCAAGCCGUGCAGGAGUUCCUUAUGGAGAGAGGAGGGAGGGUCCGACAGAUGGAACUGAUCGAUCACUUCCUAUCAAUUUGGGAGGAAAAUGAUCCAUCUAAGGAAGAGGUGGAUCGUGAAACGCUGAAACGCAUCGUGGACGUGGUGGGUUUCGUGAAUGUGGAGGACGGUGUGAAAUUCGUGUGUUUAAGUGGUGAAUUGACGGCGGAGUCGGUGAUGCGGACGGACGCAGAGAGCAACGAUCACGUCGAGAGCAACGGUAACGGUAAUCUCCAGGACAACGACUGUGACAACGGCAACGCUGACAACAGAGAGCAAACAGGAGCAACCAGUCCACUAACAGCCAGUCUGGACAAUGACAAGCAGUCAAACGGCAAUGAGCAACCUGGAGCCCCAUCCCAGAAUAAUAAGACCAGCACAAUGACCCCUGCUUCUACUGGAGGAGGAGGAGAGGUGAAGCUGAGAGACAGAAGGAGGCGAGAGUCAGCCCCAAUUAUCGGCAUUCCAGAAUUGGACCAGGUGCACCCUGGAGGGUCCCACAGCCAGCAACUGAGAGGAGCUCGCAGGGUAUCCAAAGGGUCACAGCGGGCCAUGCUGACCAGCUGCCUAUCUGAAGACAGCGCAUUGGAGGGGCUGGACCCUGUCGGCGAUAUCAAUACUCCGAAGGGAAGCCGCAGGAACUUCAUAGAGCUGAUGAUGAGUAGUUCUCCUCAGGUUCGGAGGUCUCUGAUCAACCGUGGUUCACGUCUCCGGGACUCUGUGAGAAGCGAUGGCGACUCUGCCUCAAUCCUCUCCUCAGCCACUGACGAGGACUGUGCCUCAGUGACCCUUGAUCCACUGGAGCACGAGUGGAUGCUGUGCGCCUCAGAAGGCUUGUGGGAAAGCCUGCAGCCCCUGCUAACUGUUGAACCCAGUCUGGUGGCCAAGAGAGACUUUGUGACCGGCUUCACUUGCCUCCACUGGGCAGCUAAGCAAGGCAAAGCUGAGCUGCUCUCCCAGCUACUUGCCUUUGCCAAGGAGAACGCUGUGCCUGUGAAUGUGAACAUCAGAUCAAGUGCUGGAUAUACACCUCUACACCUGGCAGCCAUGCAUGGACACACACAGGUGGUCCGCGUGUUGCUGUCAGACUGGGAGGCUGAUCCUGAGGCAAGAGACUACAGCGGGAGGCGAGCCAUCCAGUACCUCUCCCCACCAGUGGCGGCAGACCUGCACGAGGAGGGCGUGGUCACCUCACCGGGAGCUGAGUCAGACAACGAAAACACAAACGGAAUCAGUGGUGGAGGGCGCAGCUGGCGGUUUGCCAGAGUGCUCCAGGGCAAUCUGAACCCACUACGCCUCCUGAACCCACCAGCUGAGGCAGCAGAGGAGGCGGUCGGGAACGGGAGGACUAAAGGGGGGAUACAGAGGAAGUCGUCUCUGAGCAGGCUCAACGCACGGCUGCAUCGGGGACGCCACCGAGCCCAGAUCAUCCACAGCGCCUCCUUCAGGGACACAGGGGAGGUGGGAAGAGGCGAGGACCUACCCAGCAGCCCUCUACGAACCAGACCACUGUCCAACCUGUUUGGAUGA